UGCAUCUAUAUUAAUGCUUGUGCUUCCUCAUAUAAUUUUCCUAGUAGAUUGAAAAAUAAAACUCCUUUUCUUUUGCUUGAGAUGAAUAGGUCUUUAUUUCUUGUGGUGCUAAGUCUGAUAAUUCUUUUGAAUGUCGCACGAUCUGGUGCUAAGAGCAAGGUUCAUAUAGUGUAUUUGGGUGAGAAGCAGCAUGAUGAUCCCAAGCAUGUCACAGAAUAUCAUCACCAGAUGUUGUCGUCACUUCUUGGAAGUAAAGAGGAUGCACAUGACUCAAUGGUGUAUAGUUACCGACAUGGUUUUUCAGGAUUUGCCGCAAGGCUCACCAAGUCCCAAGCCAAGAAACUGGCUGAUUCACCAGAAGUUGUUCAUGUCAUGCCUGAUGGGUACUAUGAACUCGCAACAACUAGGACUUGGGACUAUUUAGGCCUAUCUGCUGCACAUCCGAAGAAUCUCCUAAAUGAUACUAACAUGGGUGACCAUGUUAUCAUUGGCGUUAUUGACACAGGAGUGUGGCCAGAGUCUGAAUCAUUUAGUGACAAUGGGGUUGGACCAAUACCAAACCGAUGGAAAGGAGGGUGUGAACCAGGAGAAGAUUUCAAGUCAACUAAUUGCAACAGAAAGCUUAUAGGAGCCAAGUACUAUAUCAAUGGGUUUCUUGCUGAAAACGAUGGAUUCAAUUCCACAAAAUCACCUGACUACAUUUCUGCUAGAGACUUUAACGGCCAUGGCACGCACGUCGCCUCUAUUGCAGGUGGUUCAUAUAUUCCAGACGUAAGCUACAAGGGGUUCGCUGGAGGAACCUUGAGAGGUGGUGCACCUCGUGCUCGCAUAGCAAUGUACAAGGCUUGUUGGUAUCUUGAAGAGCUGGACGGAGUGACUUGUUCAUUUUCUGAUAUCAUGAAAGCGAUGGACGAUGCUAUUCAUGAUUGCGUUGAUGUUUUGUCACUCUCUCUAGGUAGUCGGGUUCCUCUGUUUUCCGAAACGGAUAUGCGUGAUGGGAUUGCUACUGGAGCAUUCCAUGCAGUUGCAAAGGGUAUUACUGUUGUUUGUGCUGGUGGUAACGCUGGCCCAUCAGCUCAGACCGUGGUGAACACGGCUCCUUGGAUAUUAACAGUGGCUGCAACCACUCUGGACCGGUCAUUUGCCACACCUAUUACACUUGGGAACAAUAAAGUCAUAUUGGGUCAAGCAAUGUACACAGGUCCGGAACUUGGCUUUACUAGUUUGGUUUACCCAGAGGAUCCAGGGAACAGUAAUGAUACAUUUAGUGGUGAGUGUGAGUCCCUUAAUCUCAACUCCAACCGUACAAUGGCUGGGAAAAUUGUGCUGUGUUUUACAACAACAAGAGGUUACACUACUGUAUCAAGAGCUGCAUCUUUUGUGAAAAGAGCUGGCGGUCUUGGCCUGAUCAUCGCAAGAAACCCGGGGUACACUCUCAAUCCAUGUAAAGAUGAUUUCCCAUGUGUGGCCGUUGACUACGAACUUGGGACAGAUAUACUUUUCUACAUACGUUCCAAUGGAUCACCUGUUGUGAAGAUACAACCUUCUAGAACAAUGGUAGGACAACCUGUAGGGUCAAAGGUGGCAACUUUCUCAUCAAGAGGACCUAACUCCAUUUCUCCCGCGAUUCUAAAACCUGACAUAGCAGCACCAGGAGUGAGCAUAUUAGCUGCUACAUCUCCCAAUGCCACCUUCAAUGCUGGAGGAUUUGUUAUGCUUUCAGGAACAUCGAUGGCGACUCCCGCAAUUUCAGGAGUUCUUGCACUUCUCAAAUCUUUGCAUCCUGAUUGGUCCCCUGCUGCUUUUAGAUCAGCUAUUGUCACUACAGCUUGGAGAACAGAUCCGUUUGGAGAGCAGUUACCAGCAGAAGGGUCAUCUCGCAAAGUAGCUGACCCGUUUGAUUACGGUGGAGGCCUCGUGAACCCAGAGAAAGCUGCAGAACCAGGCCUCAUAUACGACAUGGGCCCAAAAGACUACAUUCUCUACUUGUGCUCCGUCGGUUACAACGACUCAUCUAUCUCUCAACUUGUCGGUAAAGGAACUGUCUGUACAGACCCAAAACCUUCUGUUCUUGAUAUGAACUUGCCUUCAAUCACCAUUCCAAAUCUAAAAGAUGAAGUCAUUCUCACAAGAACCGUUACUAACGUUGGACCAGUUCAUUCAGUCUACAAAGUCGUGGUCGAGCCUCCGCUUGGGGUUCGAGUGGUUGUGACGCCGAAGAAACUAGUGUUUAACUCCAAAACCAAAAGUGUUUCCUUCACGGUACGAGUCUCGACCACACACAAAAUCAACACUGGGUACUACUUUGGAAGCUUGAUUUGGAGUGACUCUGUGCGUAAGGUGACUAUUCCUGUGUCUGUGAGAACGCAGAUUCUGCAGAACUACUACGAUGAGAACUGAUGACUUAUGGAUCUUUAUGUGUUUGCGAGAAUAAAGCGUCAAUAAUCAAAGCUAAUAUGGGGACAUUACAUAGGCCUCUUAUUGUUCCGACCAUUUUAUCACAAUCCUGAUUCUACGUAAAUUUGGAUUUGUUAUUCUGCAUGCAGAACCCAGAUCUCUAAAAUAGAAUUAAAAUACUUGAUACUACUUCUUAAAAACAAAAACGAUUUGUGCGAGCCACUGUUUCUUUAUUUGUAGUUGU